AUGACACGAAUCCUUCUCACAGGUGGAAGCGGUUUCAUCGCGGCUCAUGUCCUGGACGCUCUUCUCCACCGCGGCCACUCGGUGGUGACUACCGUGCGCUCAGAAGAAAAGGCUCGUAAAAUCAGAGACUCUCAUCCAGAUGUGCCGAAGGACAAACUAGACUUCGUGAUCGUGGAGGACAUCGCGAAACUUGAUGCAUUUGACGAGGCUGUUAUCGCGGACCCGCCCUUCGAGGUUGUUAUUCACACGGCCAGUCCCUUCCACUUCAGAGCUGAUAAUAACCAAACCGAAUAUCUCGAUCCCGCUAUCAAUGGCACUGUUGGAAUCCUCCGUGCCAUCAAACGAAGUGCGCCAACGGUCAAGCAUGUAGUUAUUACAUCUUCCUUCGCCGCUAUCAUUGAUGCCAAGAAGCCUCCUACGUAUAAAUACUCAGAGCAACAGGCAGAUUGGAAUCCCAUCACAGAGGCAGAAGCACUUCUCAACCCAAUUUAUGGUUAUCGGGCGAGCAAGACAUUUGCUGAAAGGGCCGCUUGGGAAUUUGUUGAAAAGGGGAAACCAAACUUCACCAUCACGACGAUAAACCCCCCUGUCGUCCUCGGGCCAAUCAUCCACCAUGUGGACUCCAUCGCCACGCUCAACACCUCCAACGAGCGUAUUCGCGACCUGAUCACGGGGGCCGCAAAGCACUCAUGCCCGCCAACAGGCACGUAUCUAUGGGUCGACGUGCGCGACGUCGCUCUCGCGCACAUACUCGCUGCUGAAAAACAGAAGGAAGCUGCCAAUCAGCGCUUCUUUGUCACAGCGGGCAACUUCAGCAAUCGCCAGGUGGCCGGUAUCAUCUACGAGGAAUUUCCACAGCUGAGGGAGAAGUUGCCGGUGGAGGAAAAUGCAUUGAAACCUGGUGAUUUCCCCGCAGAGGGAUAUUCUGGGUUUGAUAAUAAGAGGUCGAGGGAGGUGUUGGGGUUGGAGUAUCGGUCGUUGAGGCAGAGUGUGGUUGAUACAGUGAAGAGCCUUCUAGAGAUUAAAGGGUAG